AGCAGAUGCUUUGAGUUUUAUUUCGUUUAAGAAAACAACCAGAUUAAAGGCAAACACACAAUUUUAAUUUAAAAAUUACAUUAAAUAGCAAACGCAGCUGCAUAAAUCAUUUCUACGUGGACUGUCCGACAAACUCUAUCCAGUUUAGAUGCACAUUCCAGUUGCCAUUUGUAAGAUGCGUAAAUUGCAGAUCCAAGUACUGACCCGCGACGGCCGCAAGAACAUCUAUGAGACCGAUCGUUCUCGCAAUGUGGCCGAUUUGAAGAAGCGCAUCGGACGCACCAUGAACGUGCCAAUGGCAUUUAGCCGGCUGACAUACAAGGGACGCCUGCUGACCAACGACAGCAUUUUGGAGGAUGAGGGCGUGAAGCGCAUGUCUACGUUGGAGCUAUAUUGGCAGCCAUUGGUGCUCACACCCAAGCAGUAUCGCGAAAAGGAAUUGGAGCUGGACAAGCUCGACCAGAAGCAGCGACAUGUCUCACGCAUUGCCGAGAACUAUGAGCAGACGGUCAAGAAGGGCGGACACGAGAGGACGCCCAGCGGACUACGACGUACGCGGGACCAUUUGCGGGUGAAACGUUCAUUGAGCGCUGAUGACAUGAAACUGUCCACAAACAGUUUCAUUCGACAACCGGAGCGGAAGAUCGACGAAUGCGUCCAAGAGGAGGAACUGAUCAGCUCAUCAUCCUCCGACGAGCUCGACUUUCUGGCCUCCUAUUGGUGCUGCUCGAAGAACAUCGUUAAAAAGAGCCGCAAGUCAUUGGAAUCCAAUGUGCUCAAAUAUGUCGAUGUCGACAUCGAUGCUGAUGCUGAUGUCGAUGGUGAUGCUGAUGCUGAUGCUGAUGCUAAUUAUGCUGAUGAUGCUUUAAAACUGGAUGCUGGCAAUGAACUGAAGAUCACCGCAUCUGGCACUGACUUUCCAACCUCAAACACACUCAAGGACGACGAUGAACUUGAGGAGCUAUUGGAUCAGCGCUGCCUGAACUGCAAGCAUCAGCCGUUCCGCAGCGGACUGCGCCUGGCUGCCGGCCGCAUGUCUCGCAGCAUCAUAUCCAAUAUCAGGAAGAAUCAAAAGAAUUGCAAGAAAUAAAGAAAGCCACGCGGCUACCAGAAACUGGCCCACAGUUUGGAUCGGGAAUUGGGCACUUGUUUACUUUACUAUA